AUGAUGCGAGUCAAAAGUUUCCCAUUAUCUGGCCAGGUGCCAAAAGCCGUCAUUGCUCUUUUGAUGGUACUAAGCUUUAUCUCUUGUGCAACACUCACUCGUCGCGAUCAACACAUCUUUGAGCUGGCUCAAAAUGAUAAUAAUCGUCAAAUGUCGACCUCCAUUGCUGACCCCACAACUCAACUCUUGGGAGCGCUGUUAGAGAACACUUCUGAUAAUCAAAAAUCUUGGAGAAGUGCAGACGUGGUAGAAACAUCUUCAAAUGGACCAAUCGUGAUUUAUGCAUCCGAUCACGACAAUCCUGAUAUUCGCACACCUACUAUCACAGAAAUCGUUUCUUUUGGCGAGCAAGAUGUCGAUUCUGACCUUGGUCAUGUUCAACGAUCUUGGCUAGACCGUAAUCCAAAAUCUCGAAACUUGAUCGCUACCGGCAUUAUGGGCUCUGCGAUCGCAUAUGCUCUCACAUCUGUACGCAAAGCUUCCCAUAUGGACCCCGUUCCUGAUUCUGUGCAGCAUGCAUUGGCAAUGGUCAAUCCGGUUGCAAAGCCUGUUCAUAAGGAGAAUAUCAAGCGUGAUGAAGAACUUGAUUCGCCUUCCUUUGUCAAAAGAGCUCAUGGUCGUUGGCGUGCAGGUGCUUUGGGUGCUGCUCUUGGUGGAUUUGGAAUGUACAUUCAUUCAAAUAAGCUGGUACCUGAUAUCAAAGAAUCCCUGUGGCCUUCUCGCAAUACCAACGGUAACGGUAAACGGGGCAUUACGGAAAUCAUCUUUGUUCGUGACGAUGAUGAAGAAGUUGAAAGUGAUUGUCCUCAAAAGAGAGCAGGCGGAAAGAAUCUUGCUUAUCCUCUGUAUGCAACUGCGGCUGCUGUGGGUCUAUAUGGUUUGCACAAGUACAACAACGGUGGCUUCCAAACUCAAGCUCAAACUACUUUGCAAAAGCGAUCCGUUAUACCCGAAGAGCCUGAAAAAGAUGAGAUCCAACUUGAACGUCGUGGUAGAGGCUGGAGAGACACAGGCUCAAUGAACGCUCGCGUCAUGAUCUCACCCUCGCACAAACAGGUCAAAGUAUACUGGCAAAGUGGUGGCGUUGUUCGCUUUGAUCGUCAGGUGAACAACCCAAAUGGCGGUAGCUCAGGCGACGAACAAGGUAAUUGGAGAACGGUUCAAAGUUUUGGAGCAAGAGCAUUUUUGCCCAAGGAUCGUGGACAAUUGAAAAUUAUCUGGAGAUCUGGUAAUAUCACCAUGUACAAUCGCAAUGGAGGCGGUCAAGGAAAUUCUCCUCCACCUAGCAACAACAACGGCAGCAACAAUAACAAUAAUAACAACGGUCCUAAUUCUGGUGACUUUAGCCAACCGAAUAGUGCAUUUUCUAGUUUGCGCAUGCGUGGCCAUCAAGGUUGUGCAUCUUUGACUUGGCUCAUUAUGUUUGCUUUGACUGCUUUUUUGACAUUAGGCAGUGUUUCUGCAGACGAUGGCGAGGCUUUUGACGCUCUCGCUCGCUCUCCCGGCUUGGAAAAGAGACAAUUCCUCUUUCGGAGGGCAAACACUACUCAAGGCUGGACAGGCGUUCAUCAUCUCGACGCAGAAUCAAAGAUCUCGCCUACUCAUAAUCUCGUAAAAGUGAUUUGGAAUUCUGGCAAUGUGACUACCUACAAUCGUACCGAUGGUCAAAGUCCACCUGUUUUGCCGACAUUUGUUCUUCCAGACGAUGAGCCAGUGAUGUGGAGAACGGUGAAAAGUUAUAAUGCAAAAACUCAACUUUCAAACGAUCACGAACAAUUGCGUGUUAUUUGGAAUUCUGGCAACAUCACCAAUUUUGCAAAACUACCGCCCAAUCCUGAACAGCCACCACCGCCCAACCCGGUACAACUUCGGAGUCAGAUAAACAACGUGAUCCCUUUACCGGGACCCAAAAGCACAGACAACGACUCUAAUGAUAGUCCACCCAAUAAUGCAACAUCGAAUUCGGGUUUGCGUAGCAAAGCAGUCGGCAAUGUUGGCAUUGCAGGUCUGCUUCUUUUUUGGUGUGUAUUCUUCCUAUUCUCUGGUGAUGUUUUGGCGGGUGAAAGCACAGAAGAUAGAAUCAAUUCUGCUGAUCUUGUUAAGCGUUCAAAUGUCCUUGCAGCACAAACGCAUCUGGACAACAUGCCCGUAACAAAACGAUCGAGAUUACAGGCUGGUGAAGAAGAAGGCAAGAAUGCUUUGGUUCGACGUGAUCGUUACAGCGGCUGGACUCCACUUUCCGCCAUGCCGGCAAGGUCUUUCAUUUCACCGUCACAUGAUCAGCUCAAGAUGGAACGUCAAGGUGGUCAAGGUCCCGAAAUCUUCAUUCGCGAUAAAGACACAAAUGGUCCUCCACUUCCACCAAACCAUCAAUGGCAACGGUUACGUGACAUGAAUGCAAAAGCAAGACUUUCGCAGGACGAGACGAGGAUUGCUGUGAGAUGGAACAGUGGUUCAAUAACCGAAUAUAUCAGAAGAUCAACGUUGCAGAAACGAUCUUUGCCUGAAGAGGACUCUUUAUCCUCACACAAGCAUCGUUUCCAUCGUCGUCAUGUUUCAACAACGGCCCAUGAUUCACACGAGCAUACUGCCAAAGAUUUUCAGCUUGGUCGUGUUUCUCCUCCAAGCCAUCAUAGGAGCUACGAUCAACGAAAGGCGCAACAAGCCCAGGCCGAUGCCCGGGCGAAGAAGCAUCAUAAAAAUUCUGCUCACGGCAAUUUGCGCAGAGGUGGUCUUGGUAUGAAUGAUGGUGUGUCUUGGGUAAUCGUUUUCUUUGCCUUUUCAGUUUUGUUUUUUGCAAGCGUUUCAGAGGGCAGUGAACUGGAAGUAGCCGGGAAUGAUCUAGCUUCGGAUUUUAUGGCUAAGCGACAAUUUACACAGCUUGCUGGUGCUUCGUCUGUUUCUUCUCCUUCUUUGAGUGGUAAUGUACCAUUGCUGUUCAAUUCUGUUCAAUUAAGUUCAAUUCCUCAUUCCACACUUGGCUCAAUUCAAGGAUACAAGAGCAAUACAGCACGUAAAGCCUUACGUGAAAGUCCACCACCAGAACCAUCUCAAGCUAAACCUGCUUCGCGAAAAUCUCGCUUAAGAACAAAGAGAGGACCAGGAAAGUCGGCUAUGGCAAAAAGAGAGGUGGGUAAAAAUGAAGUAGCUGAUGAGAACCUACUAUUGAAACGAUCUAUUGCAACCGUGUCCAGCUCAGCUCCUUCUAGCGCUCCGAUGAGCUCGCCUGCCUAUGGUAAUACGCAAUCAUCCACGGCUUUUACUCAAGACAAUUGGCAUGAUGGCAACCCAGGCAAACCUUCACAACCGAGAAAUUCCGUAGCUAUUCACGAAGAGUUCGCUCGACAAUACGGGAGAAAAGAUGGCAUCGAAGAUUCACGCAGAGAACUUAAAGGAGGAGGUCAUGGAGGCGGAGGAAGGGGUAUCCCCAAAACUGGCCGUGGUGGAGGCGGCAAGAAGAGUGCAGCCGCUGGAAGUUCAACGAAGAAUGCUGCUUUGCUGGCAGGAGGUGCCGCUGUUGGUACAGCAAUGGCACUAAAUCAAGGCGGUGAAGGAGGCGGUAAUGCACCGUCAUCGAAGAAAGUUGGUGGAACCACUGACGCAAGAUCCAAAAAAUCAAGACUCAGAAACAAGAUGAUGUCCGCAAGGAGUUUGCAAAACGAAGAGCUUUCUCAGCUUCUCAUCAAGCGAGCUGACAUUCCAAGCGACUUCUUCCUCACCAAACGAUCUGUUGCAACGAUAUCCAACACGCUCGCUCCUUCCAGCUCUCCAGCCAAUCCGCCUGCUUAUGGAACUUCGCAAACAUCUACAGCUUUCACUCAAGACAAUUGGCAGGAUGGCAAUCCGGGCAAACCUGCAAGACCGAGAAAUUCUGUUGCUGUCCACGAUGACUUCGUUCGUCAAUACGGAGGAAAGGAUGCUAUUGAUCAUCUACAUCGAGAGCUCAAAGGAAGCAGUGGAGGUGGCAGCUCUCAUAGCGGUGGUGGUAGUUCUCGUGGUGGUGGCAGUAGCAGUAGAGGCAGUAGCAGUAGAACUCCUAGCUCACGCUCACGUCCAUCACCGCCAACUACUUGUCGAGACAGAUAUGGAAGACUUACCAGUGAUUGCUUUGACUCCAGUGCGGGAAAGGGCAAAUCAGGUAGUGCAGCUUUGAUGGCAGGCGGAGCAGCUGCUGGUACAGCGAUUGCUUUGUACCGAGGUGGCGGUGGUGGAGAAGAUACGCCAUCGCAGAAGAAAAAAGGUGGAUUUGCUGAUGCUAAAUCAAAGAAGUCAAGAUUGAGAAAGCAAAUGAUAUCGGAAAGAAACUUCCAAGAUGAAGAUUUAUCGAUGCUUCUUGUUAAAAGAAACUUUCAAUCCGACUUUGUUUCUGUCAGCAAUUUUUCUAUCCUGAAACGAUCGAUCACGCCCUCUUCGGGACAAACGCCACCCCUGUCUCAAUCGAAUCUGCCUUCUAUGGCCAGCAGCUCUACUUCAUCGGGUCUUCCAAGAAGACUUGCUGAUCAUCACGCAGAACAAGUCAGACAUUACGAAACUCUUGCAAAGGAAUAUCCUGUCAACCGUCAAAUGUUCGAUGAAAAGAGAGCAUCGGUCCGUGAUAGCCAACUUCCAAGUCCUUCAAAAAGUGGAGAUUCAGGAGCCGAACCAAAGCCAUUAAAGACAAUCAAAGGUAGGAAGUCACAUGCACUCGCCACAGGUCUAGUAGCAACGGGAGCUGCCGGUGUCGCGGGAGCCGAGGUACACAGAAGGAUGAGAAAAGGUGCUGAAAGGAAAGGAGGUGUGAGAGGAAGGCGAGUACGAUUUGCAGGGAUCGAUAAGAGAUCACUCUUGAAAGAUGGAGAAGGACAAGAUAUAAGCACAUUUUUCAAACGCUCAAUCGUGCCUUAUACAGGUCAAGCAAUGUCCAAGUCAGAAGCACCUUUGCCAUCCAUCACGAACAAGCCUACUUCUUCUACCUCAUCUGCUUCAGGUUUGUACGAUGUCUGGCCAAAUGGACAACCAGGUGCACCAAAGGAUCUUGGUGCUCAUCAUGCUCGUCAAAGGAAUGAGUAUGAAAGGUUGAUUCGACUGCCAUCCAGUGCAAGACCAUCAACUGCUCAAUCACCUCAGAAAAAUUCAGUUUCCAAUGUUGGUCUCGCAUUCUCCUCCACCGUGGCAGCAGCAGGUAUUGCAGUUGCAGGAUAUCCAAUAGCAUACCAGUAUAUCGAUAGGAACCGAAGGAGAAGGGCCAGACGUGAACAAGCAAUGAACAAGCGUACUAUCGAAAUCGACGAGUCUGUACAAAGUGAAGAUGCGCGAUUGCUCCCUCGGAUCAACCCUCCAACAGGCAAGAUGGAGAAAGCGCUUUUGAUUGGGAGCAGUGCACUCUUAGCAGCAGGCGGCUUAGUUGCAACAAAAGCAGUUUUGACACCUCCUAAACCUAUCGGUGAGAAACGUGAUCUAGAUCAAGUGGAUGAAUCGGCAAAAGAUGUUUUAAUGGAACGUAGUCCAAUUUCAGCUGGUGCGAAAAAUCUCAUGAUCGGGCUUGGAUCUGCAGCAGGAGUAGGAGGCCUGACCUUACAUGCCUUGAACAGGGAUGCAGUCCACAAAGACAAAGGGUACGGCGUUGGCAAGAUUGCCGAUCAAGUUUGGUAA